ACGUGGACGGGAUGCGAGCCGGUCGGUGAUGGAGCUUCUCCACAGUUCCCCUCAUUGUGCAUACUCAAAAGGCAGAGUCCCAGCAUUGAGCAGUGCAGCAGCCUCAAUCCCUCGAGUCCUCUCGAACAUAUCAUCAACAUGUCGAGCCUUCGCACUAUCACAUCUCUCCGUGCCACAAGGCGGCCGUUGAUCAAAGCGCCUCGCCUCGCUUGUCUCCAGGCUCGUACCAACGUCACAGUACCCUUCAGAUUACCUGCUGCACGCAAUGAGCCCAAUCCCACAUAUAAGGAAGGCUCAGAAGAGCGCACCGAGCUUGUCAAGGUGCUCAAGCGAUUGAGGUCCCAACUUCCCCUCAAGUCGGAGAUCUUCCUCAACGGAACUUCACAACCAGCAGCUGAAUCUUGGGAUCAACCAAUUCCUGCAGAGAAGGAUACCGUCUUCACCAACUACCCUCUGAUUUCGAAGGAUCAGGUCUCAGAUGCCAUCGCAUCAGCUCUGGAGGCAAAGAAGACAUGGGAGAAGACUCCCUUUGUCGACCGUGCUGCCAUUUUCCUGAAGGCUGCGGAGCUUGUUGCGGGGAAAUACCGCUAUGAGCUAAUUGCUGCAACCAUGCUCGGCCAGGGCAAGAACAUCUGGCAGGGCGAGGUCGACGCUGCUGCUGAGUUGGCCGACUUUUUCCGUCUCAACUGCAACUAUGCUGCUGAGAUUCUUGCUCGUCAGCCCGACCGUGGCUCCGAUGGCAUGUGGUCGCGUAUGGAUUACCGCCCUGUUGAGGGUUUCGUCUAUGCCGUUUCUCCCUUCAACUUCACAGCCAUUGGCGGUAAUCUAAUCGCUGGACCUGCUCUGAUGGGCAAUGUCGUCCUUUGGAAGCCUUCUCCGUCCAACAUUUACGCCUCUACUAUUGUCUACAAGAUCCUGCUCGAGGCCGGUCUCCCCAAGGAUGUCAUUCAAUUCAUCCCUGGUGACCCGGAAGUUAUCAACGACGUUGUUUUCGCCAACCGCGAUUUUGCUGGUAUCAAUUUCGUUGGUUCUUCGGACGUUUUCCGGUCGCUCUGCGCUCGCAUUGGCGAGGGUAUUGGCAAGGGCACCUAUCGCGAGUUUCCUCGCAUGGUGGGCGAGACUAGUGGAAAGAACUUCACUCUCAUACAUCCUAGCGGUGAUAUCCCAUCUGCCAUCAAGCACACCAUCCGCGGAUCUUUCGAAUAUCAAGGCCAGAAGUGCUCUGCAACCUCUCGUCUCUAUCUUCCCGAGUCUCGCUCGAAGGAGUUCCUUGAUGGUUUCCUCAAGGAUGUGAGCGAGAUUACCAUCGGCAAUCCUGACAAGGAUCUAUCUGCUUUCAUGGGCCCCGUCAUUCACGAUCGCUCUUUCAACAAGAUCAAGCAGAUCAUCGACGAGUCGAACGCCGACCCUUCACUUGAGCUCGUGGCAGGUGGAACCUACGAUGACUCCAAAGGCUACUUCGUGAAGCCCACGGUCUACCUUUCUGACUCACCAGACCACAAGCUCUUCAACUACGAGAUCUUCGGCCCCGUUCUCGCCAUCCACAUCUACAAGGACGCUGACUGGAAGAACAUUCUCCAGAAGGUCGACCAGGCCGGAGGCGGCUUCGCCCUUACCGGAUCCGUCUUCUCCAAUGAUCGUUCCGCUGUUAGGGAGGCAGAGGACACUCUGCGCUACUCCGCUGGUAACUUCUACAUCAACUGCAAGACAACAGCCGCCCUCAUCGGCCAGCAAUCGUUUGGCGGAUCCCGUGCCUCUGGAACCAACGACAAGGCCGGCUCUUCCAACCCUGUUCUUCGCUUCACCUCUCCUCGUCUGAUCAAGGAGGAGUUCUUCCCCCAGACCGAGUUCCUCUACCCCAGCAACAAGCCUGCUGAGAAGUAGAGGACGUCAAGGGUGCCCAACAUUGAGUCUUGAGUUCUUUCCCUGAAGUUACGAGUGGUCUCCGCGCAUAAUGGCUUAAUGAAUUUUUAGAAUGUUCAAAAGCAUUGCCAAGCGAUGAUCAUACCGCAUUGCAAGGAGCAAAAGGUUUUUUCAUGCAGCUUUAUGUUUGUCCAGGAUGCCGUUACGAUUAGAUGGUCAUGAUAGCAUUUUCUUGACAGUACUCCCAACUUAAUCAAGCUGUCUACAUAUCUCCGAAAUCUACUGUGUGCACAAACUAGUUCAAAGGUCGAGAGUGAAUGGACUAUGAAGUACUCUUAAC